AUGUCUCAGGAGAAUGACACAUGGAAGAAAGAGGCCCUGGGGGAUGAGCUUGCCGCCAUGAGGCUGCAGAAGCUGGAACAGCAGCGGCGGUUGUUUGAGAUGAAGCAGCGACGGAAGCGCCAAGAGCCCCUCAUGGUUCAGGCCAAUCCUGACGCUUCCCUGCGGCCCUGGCGACCGCGGCAGCGGGAGGAGCGCUUCUCGGGUGACAGCGGCCCCGGGAACCCUUUCCUUCAGGAGAACGUGCCAGAGACACAUCUGCGCCCUGGUGCCCGCAGUGUCCUGAGCACCGUGAGCUGCGGUGGAGAUGGCAGUGGCGAGCUUGGACCCCUGGUAUCGCCGACAGAAGCAGUAUUCAGAAAUCCCAGUCUCCAGACCCCCCCCCCAUCCUGAUUACCAGACAGUUCCGAUCUCGAGUUGGAGGAAGUCUCCGUGGAGGAUAUUGCUGCCUCACCACCUCCUUAUGAAGAGCCUCCGGGGACUCGGCGCAGGGGUUGGCCAGCCUGCCAACGACCUGGGGGCAGUGCUGAGGACGAGAGCGAAUCCCAGGAUGUUGGAGAUGAAUACGAGGUGCCCAGUCCGAGACCAAACCCUGGAAUGGUUGGUGACGGGGGCCAUGGAGACUUAGCCUCCAACAAGGGCGAAGACCUGCAAGAGAAGAAAGAGGAGUCGGAGUCUACAGUGAGGAACUCCCCAUGGGCGACCGACGAAGAGGUGUCCGAGGCCCCGGAAGGCGCGGGCGGCGCGGGCAACAGCGAUGUGGGGAGCUCGCUCCGCUCGCCUCCCCGCGCCCCAGGCCCUCGGCUGGGCGAGGACAUGGAAGCGUAUGUGCUGCGGCCAGCGCUGCGCGGUCGCACGGUGCAGUGUCGCAUCAGCCGCGACAAGCGCGGGGUAGACAAGGGCAUGUUCCCUUUCUACUAUCUCUACCUGGAGGCGGCCGACGGCCGAAAGCAUUUCCUUCUGGCUGGGCGCAAGAGAAAAAGGAGCAAAACCUCUAAUUACCUCGUCUCCCUGGACCCCACAGACCUAUCUCGGGAUGGGGAAAAUUUUGUGGGCAAAGUCAGAUCUAAUGUCUUGGGCACCAAAUUCACCAUCUUUGACAAUGGGGUGAAUCCAGAAAGGAAGAAUUUUGUCCCAGAGACUGCUCGGAUCAGGGAGGAGCUGGGGGCUGUGUGUUAUGAGACCAACGUCUUGGGAUUCCGAGGGCCCCGGAAAAUGACUGUGAUCAUUCCAGGAAUCGACGCCCAGAACCAGAGAAUCAGUGUCCAGCCACAAAAUGAACAGGAGUCGCUAUUGAAUCGCCUCCAACGGGGGGCCAACCAGGGGCUGGUCCUGCUGCAAAAUAAAGCCCCAUCGUGGAGCGACGAGAGCGGCGCCUACGUGCUCAAUUUUCAUGGUCGCGUCACUAGGACCUCGGUCAAGAACUUCCAGAUCGUGUAUCCGGAUGACCCGGACUACCUGGUGCUCCAGUUCGGUCGCGUAGCCCCAGACACGUUCACCAUGGACUUCCGCUUCCCACUUUGUCCGCUCCAAGCCUUCGCCAUCUGCUUGUCCAGUUUCGAUGGGAAGCUGGCAUGUGAGUAG